GACCGAUUCAAAUGAGAAACACCACAGAUCUCCUCGGACAGCGAUUUUCAGAAGAAAAACAGGGCUUUUAAGCCUUGGCUAAGGCAACGACUUGUUUUUAACUGCGACCAACCAUCCUAUCAACUCUUCGCACCGGUCCGAUGGGAUUGCAUGAGUUCUAAAGCUUGCCGCGGUCUGAAAGUUAGCCUUCCAGUGCGCCGAGCCGAGCGAGCUCAGUCGAGCAUUCAAGUAGCCUUGGAUCUAUCACUCCCUGCCCUCAUGACCAGACCACCGGGUGUCUACGCAAAGACCACGCUUACGUUGAGCUGUUUGAGGACGCUGCCUCUUGUGCAGACGGAAGCCCCUUCAGAAACACGACAGCGCAAAACGACCAAAGCCAUAGACAAGCGACGAGCCGCAUCCCGACCUCUCCCAACCCGAGUGACCCGGGGCCGGUCGGCGAGGAACGCAGCGCAACAAGACCGGCAACCGCACGGGCUACGGGACACGAUAUCACAUCUCGCCCUGCCGUGUCUUGCAUAAGCGUUAGCCUCUGUGCGGAUACAUCACAAGCCAUGCAUUUGACGGCCUUGAGCUUCCCAGCUCCCGCAUCAGCCUUAUUACCCCCCACGAUAUCAGAUGCAGCAACAUCACAUAUACCCACAGGUGGGGGUCUGCCUGACAAAGAUCAUGAAGGCAACCUACAGAACUGGUCCUCAUUGAUCGGUAUUAUCACGGCCAUCGUCGGCAACGUCCUGAUAGCCCUCGCGCUCAAUGUCCAAAGAUAUGCGCACAUACGCCUCCACCACGAGAGGGCUGAGAUAAAAGCACGUGCUCGCCAAGCAUUACGGGACGCAAAAAGGAAGAGACAGGACCUCGCCAGGAGUGGCAGCUAUGGAAGCCUGGAUAGCAGCAGCACCGAGCAUGGCAAGAGGGACCUGGACAUCGUCCGCAGUGACAUAGUCGAGGAAGAAGCAGCGGCUGGCAAUGGAGCCUCGGACGAAACAGAACCCUUGCUCCACCGAUUCCGGUCUGGGGGGUCCCAAGACGAAGAUGGAUACGGCACUACAACAUCACCUGGCGGCAGAAACAAGCAUGAUGACGUUUCGACAAUCAGCUACCUUCGUUCACCAUAUUGGUGGCUAGGCCAAAUCCUUAUCACGGUGGGCGAAAUGGGCAACUUUCUGGCCUACGGAUUCGCUCCGGCAUCCAUCGUGUCACCCCUUGGUGUCGUGGCUCUCAUCUCCAACUGCGUUAUUGCGCCGAUAAUAUUUAAGGAGACCUUUCGGCAGCGUGAUUUCUGGGGGGUCGUUGUUGCCGUGGCAGGUGCUGUCACCGUUGUCUUCAGUGCUAACACACAGGAGAACAAGCUUGCCCCCGAUGAUGUGUGGCAUGCCAUAACGGCCUUGGAGUUUGAGAUCUACAUGGGCAUCUCGUGCUUCUUCAUUGUAUUGCUCAUGUGGGCAAGCCCAAGGUACGGGCACAGGUCCAUCCUGAUUGACUUGGGUCUUGUAGGUUUGUUUGGUGCCUAUACCGCCCUAUCGACCAAGGGUGUUUCUUCAAUGCUGUCAUCGACUUUGCUGGGUGCUUUUAGAACACCAGUAACAUAUGCGCUGCUGUUCGUUUUGCUUGCCACCGCCGUCAUGCAGGUUCGCUAUGUGAACAAGGCACUUCAGCGAUUCGACUCGACGCAGGUCAUUCCUAUCCAAUUUGUCAUUUUUACGCUAUCUGUCAUUAUCGGCAGCGCUAUUCUGUACCGUGACUUUGAACACACCAAGGCUGAACAGGCCGUCACUUUCGUUGGCGGUUGCGUCUUGACCUUUUUUGGCGUCUUUCUCAUUACCAGUGGGAGGCCGCAUCACGACGACGAAGAAGACGACGGCCUAUCCGAAAUCGGUGGGGUUGAAGAGACUAUUGGUCUGUACAACCAGCAAGACCAGAGCGGUACUGGGACGAAUACACCUGCGCCAACACCUGGCACUGAGGUAUCCGGUAUGACCGCGGCGCGGUCACGACGCCCAUCUCGGGUCAGCUUCAUGGGCCAAGCCGGGCAACCUGUCACGGUAGUAUUAGACAACGGCAUCCCCCCCCUCCGUAUACCGCCAUCUAAGGCCCUCCUGGAUGAAGGCGAAGAUUCUUCUACAUUGGGCAUCAAUACAUGGACAGACCCGCCCUCACAACUGGCAUUCACUUACCAGCAACACGCCGCCCGUGGUCUCCAUGCGGGUAACUCUGAUCUAAGGCUCACAUUGCCCGAGUCUAUCCCAGGCUUCCCUGAGCGGCUCUCACGCGUCCACUCUGAGCCGGUAUCAGCGAUCCACACACCAUUCAACGAGGUGGAGCCCCUGAUGCCUGCCACCCCGUCCACAGGCCGUACUCUUGCCGCCCGACCGCUGACGUCGGGGCGCUCGCAGCAGCACCAUUUCCUGGGGCCUUUUUUCUCACCCUCGCCUCUAUCCUCUACAGUCAGUGCUGUCGUUGCUGACACUCUGUUGUUCCGGAGUGGAGAAGGGCCGGCGUUGUCAAGAAGACUCGCUUUGCGCAGGAGUCGACCAAGUCUCCGGGCGAGCCUAUUUGUGCCUCACGACGAGUCUAUAGAGGACGGCGGUGUCGCUACUGCCGACGCCAUAAAUUCCUGGGACGACGGAGCCAUCAGCAACGAUGCAUCGGGGUCUGGCCAGCCCUCAAGCAGCACGCGACCCUCUGUCGGGAUUCGGGGCCGAGCCCGCAGUCUUAGUUACACUCUGGGCGAGCUGUUCGGGUCCAGAAGUGACAAGAGACGGAAACCGAACCCCGACGGCGAUAACGAAGAUUUGGAGACUGGGGGUUAUGACUCUAGCCAUACGGGCGCGUGAUGAGUUUAUUCAAGUACGAUCGCAGUUCGUCUUGGACUCUCUGCACCAUAUAUAUAUUUAGAUACUGCCCUAUACAUUGUCUUUUUCUCGCUCGCCAGCCACAUACAUACACAUAUAUACAACACCUCUUUCUUUAUUAGUUCUAUUCCGCAUCAACACCCUUUCUUUUUUUUCCGGUUCUUCUACUUGUCAAGACUAGGUUAUUAUCUUGCGCAAGGGCAUGCGCAGAAAAGUCGCAUUCUGGGGGCAAUUCGGCGCAAUCAGGCAGGUUUUCACUCCACAUCCUGUAUUGCAUUUAUAUUGGAUAGGAGUUACUGGUUUUUUUUAAUGGCUUUCAAUUUAAAGUCAUAUCUUCUCGUCAUCUAUGAUGUUCGUUUACUCUAGAUCAGUGACUGUUAUAAGACAUCGACACAGCCUGCAACUUUCCAAAAAAUGCCG